AUGGAUUCUCCUAGUUCUUCAUCCAUGGUAAAUUUUUACUACAACGAGUAUUUUGCGGAUGGCGAUGGUUCGACCUAUGAGGAGCUUGAGCAAGAGGCGGUUACGAGUGCAUGUCAACUAGCGGUGAGAUAUGUCAAGCAUUCUAGUCGGCCCCAAGCAGAAAAAAAUAAAAGAGGUAUAAUUGAUGUGUACGGUGCGCGAUGUCUUAGAACGCCUACAUGGGAGAACCUUCAAAAGAUCUACGAGGUACAUAAUGCCGAGCAUGGUUUGCCUGGUAUGAUCGGGAGCAUAGAUUGCAUGCAUUGGCGUUGGGAUAACUGCCCGACUGCAUGGCGAGGCCAACACACACGUGGUGACCAAAAAGGACCCACUAUUUUUCUUCAGGCGGUUGCUUCACAGGACCUUUGGGUUUGGUCGGCUUACUUUGGCGUGGUCAGGCCAUGCAAUGAUAUCAAUGUUUUUGAACAAUCGCCGUUGUUAGAGGAGUGA